AUGAGCACAUGCAUGUCCCAAACACAGACACUGGGACGCGUCUAUUCGUACGCGCUACGCUCGCUGUCCGACACCAAAGACACUCUGAUUCUGGUCUGCAUCGGCCUGUUGGAGGCACUUGACCGCCUGCAAGAGCGUCUGCAUCUGCCCACGUCGAUUGUCAAAGAGCUCAAGCAUCGGCUGGCUAAGAUGGUGACGCGCUCGUCCGUAAGACUCAAGACCAAGUACCCGAGCGACCACCAGCUAGGUGACACCGUGGCCGAUAGCCAAGUUUGGGACGCUGCAAAGCCCGAAGAAGUGCGAGGUGUCGUGCACUGGGUGCUGGCAGUCACCUCAUCGCUGCAGAAACUCGUGGUCAGCGCCUCACUUGGCGUGUGUCAAGGCAUCUACGUGCUGAUCAUGAGUCUACCAGGGGUAUCAACGGCUUGCUCGCUGUUCUAUGGGUUGCUACAGGCAGUAGAGGAUACACUGAGAUUAUCCAGUGAAGAGAUCAUGGAGGCUGCGUCCGCAGAAGGUUCAGGCUCUGGAAGCGGACGCAGCCGAAGUUAUCACCAUUUACAUCACCGGCAUCAUCGCAACGCUGAGAGUUACGUGGCUGAUCCGAGCUUAACGGCGGUGGUGUUGGAGUACAAGGAGAAAGAGUGCAUGGUACCGUCCAAUAUCGAUCGGAGGAUACGACGCGUCAUGCAUUUUCAGAUCCCGCUGCAUUCGUUUGAGGCUACAGUACGAUUACCGCCUGAUAACGUGCAAACCGCGUCUUCCAGUAGAUCAACCACCGACGACAGCAUUGGUGGCAGUAAUCAAAGCCGAGCCCAGGACGAGACAACUUCAAGCUAUACUCACCUGAGUUCCGCGACGCCGCGGUCCAUUCCCGUGUCGCCUUUGGCGCGCAAGCGUGUGCAGCUGGCAUUCUCUAAUUUCUCAGACGACGUACUAUAUCAAGCACGCGAUCGACUACGACAGGAGCGUGCGGCGACGUUAACCGGUGAUCAGGGUCUCCGUGUGCCACGAUUUAAUGCACACGAUUGUCACGAAGACAUAUAUUUAUCCUGUGGCCGCCACUGUGCGUCCAAGGCUGGCACAGGCAUGUACCGCAGUGUGCGCGCUUCUGUACCGCUUCAGAAGAAUCGGUUUGUGUACUUUGAGAUGACGUUGCAGCAAGGACGGACACCAGCUCGUGGCACGAACCAGAGUUCUUCGAGGGUAGAGACGUUGUCUCAAGCAGCACGUGGGUCAUCUUCUCUGCUGGCCAAUGUAGGGAACCCAAACGACCGCGCUGGAAUUGAUGCAAGCGUCUGUAUCGGGCUGUCUACACGUCUGAUGCCUUUAAACACCCUCGUUGGAGCGUCGAAGUAUUCGAUAGGAUUCUAUUCUGCUGGUCACGUGCUCGUCGGUACGGAGAGACGGCGUUCCAUUGGAGUUGGUCGAAAGUAUGGCUUCCAGUCUACAGUUGGGGUGCUGGCCCAGGUAGUUGAUCACCAGGAGGAUGAAGCCACAGAUGCAUCGGCAUCCGAUUCUUCGUCCUCGACGGCCUCUGGCGGUGCUGGAUCAUCCAUUGGCGAAGCAUUUGUGCGCUUCACUGUCGACGGAAUUGCGCUUCGGGACAGUAAUAAUCGCGUGAUGGAGUUCACUUUACCGUUCCCUUCCAGGAGCGAGCUGUACCCGACGUUGACACUUCAUUCGCAGGACGUGCACGUAUUCAGUCAGAUGUCGGCACCCGAUAUCAGCAGCUUAAACUUACAAGAGCUGGAUUUACCCGUAGAAGCACCUGUCGAUAUCUGGUGUCUCGACGGCUUGUGCCUCGGCGUUGCGGCUUAG